AUGGAGGGGCGGUUUGUUUUUGAAGACAAAGUUGUGAUAGUGACUGGCGGUGCAGCAGGGAUUGGUGCUGGAUUGGUGCGCGGAAUAUUAUCACAAAACGCAAGGCAUGUCACAUUUCUCGACGUGGCGAAACGCGAAGGCGAACAGCUGGAAAGGGAGCUUAUGAAUAAAUUCGGCAACCUUAAGGUUAUGUUCAUACAUUGCGAUGUCUCCAACGAAACUGAUUACCGUGCCGCAUUCAAGAAAGUAACCGACAAAUUCCACAGGCUUGAUGUGGUUAUAAACAACGCGGCAAUUCUGAGCGGUGAAGAGAGUUUACGCAAAAAGGUGGUCGACAUCAACUUUACGGCGGUAGUCAACAUCACAUUGACAGCAUUAGAUACGAUGGCAGUGGGAAAGGGGGGUUUCGGUGGUGUCAUUCUAAAUGUGUCCUCUUUAUUGGCCCUAAAGCCGAGUAAAAACUUGCCAGUAUAUUCGGCGACUAAGGCUGCUGUAAUACAAUUCACCAAUAGUAUAGCAUUAAAUGAAUCUUAUAAGGAAUCACAAGUUCGUGUUCUGACAGUGUGCCUUGGCCCAACCGAUACAGCUAUUCUCAUCAAAUAUACUUCGGAUGCUUUCGAACAAGGCUGUUCUCAACCCUUGACCUCACGUGUCACAGAAAGGCAAAGGGUGGAGUCAGCUGUAAAAGGAAUAAUUGACGUAAUAAAGAAAGCAGAUAAUGCCUCAACGUGGGUAAUAGCCGCUAAUAAGCCUCCUGUGGACAUAACCUUGCCCGUUAGGAAGGGUUUACGCAUUACGUCGAAUGAAAACGGGGCC